UACUGAAAAUUAUAGCACAUUGAUGAAAAAAAUUGAAAGUGACAAAUAGAAAAAGUCCUAUAUUUAUCAAUUGAAAAAAUUAAUAUUGUCAAAAUUUCAAUGCUACUCAAAGCAUUCUACAGAUUAAAUGCAACCGCUAUCAAAUUCCAAUGUCAUUCUUCACAGAAAUAGAAAAAUUAGUCCUAAAAUCUGAAUGGAACCACAAAAGAUGCUGAAAAACCAAAGCAAUCUUUAGCAAAAAGAACAAACCUGGAGGCAUCAGACUACCUAAUCUUUGACAAAGCAAACAAGAAAAUGGGAAAGGACACCCUAUUCAACAUAUGGUGCUGGCAUAUUGGCAAGCCACAUGCAGGAAAAUGAAGCCGUUCUUCAAAGGUUAAAUACAGAAUUACCACAUGACUCAGUAAAUUCACUCCUAUGUAUACACCAAAAAUAAAUGAAAACAAAUGCCUUACACAUAAAAGUAUUUAUAGCAACAAAAAGUAGGAAACAACAGAAAUGUCCAUGAAUUUUGGAGUGGAUUAAUAAAAUGUGGUCUGUCCAUAAAAUAAAAUAUUACUUGGCAAUGAAAAAGAAAAACAAUACAUGCUCCAAAAAGGAUGAACAUUGAAAACAUGAUAAAUGAAAGUAGUAAGUCACACGUAACUAUAUUAUUAUGAUUCCGCUUACAUGAAAUGUCCAGAAUAGGCAAAUCCUUCCAGAAUAGGCAAAUUCUUAGGAAGUAGAUGGAUGAUUGCCUAGGGCUGGGAGGGGUUUAAAGGAAGAAUGGGGAAAAUAGGGAAAGAUUGCUAAUGGGUGCAAAGUUUCUUUUAAGGAGCAUAAAAAUGUUCUAAAAUCGUGGUGAUUGUUUAACUAGUUAAUACACUUAAAAAAACUGAAUUUUAUACUUUAAAUGAGUGAAUUAAAUAAUAUAUAAAUUAUAUCUCAAUGAACCUGUGAAAAAAGUUAAAAAAUAUGUGGUAUGCGUAAACAAAAAGUUCUUCAUUUUAUUUCCUAGGGUUUUGGGGAAAAGGUGGUGUUUGAUUGUAUGAGUAAGUUCUUUAGAGGUGAUUCAGGAGAUUUUGGUGCACCCAACACCUGUGCAGUAUACACUGUAUACACUGCACCGGGGCAGGAGCUGGCUGCAAUCCUGUGGCCCCAAAUGCCCCCUUGCUGAUGGCCUCGUGUUCUGGGUGCGGAGCAAAGAGGAGCAGGUGUCGAAGGCACCUCAGGCAGGCCCUGGGCUCGGUGGGCGUCUUGUGCUCCGCGAUUUUGAGGCCAUUUGCAGCCAGCUCCAUCAGCCCGAGCUCCCAGCUGCAGCUCCUGCCAUGCACAACAGCACCGCCAGGAGUGUCCUGGGGGCUUUCUUCAGAGGAGGCUGUCAGCAUCCUCAAGUUCCAGACGCUUAGCCCCAGUCCUCCUUUAAGAGGCUUUUUUUUUUUUUCACCAGAGGCUUCUCAGUGGCUUGAAAGCUCAGCUGACUCCCACGAAGUUUGCCGGAACUCAAGGCUGUCAGUGACAUUCGUGGCGCCAAGACUUAAGCAGGCGGGUUGCAUGCAUCGGCCAGUGUCUGUGCCACGUGCACUGACGCCACCUGAGAUGCGCACGCCGCACGCGCACGCCGCACGCGCACGCCGCACGCGCGGCAGCAGCUUGGCUGGCUUGUAACGGCUUGCACGCGCACGCCGCACGCGCAUAACGGUUUGGCCGGCCUGUAACGGCUUGCACGCGCAUGCUGCACGCGCGUUAACGGCUUGGCUGGCCUGUAGCGGCUUGGCUUGGCUUUGCGUUCUUGGCUUGGCUUGGCGUUGGUCGCUUGGAUUGACGUUUCCUCCUUGGAUUGACGUUUUCUCUCUCGUGUUCCUUUGCUGGGCUUGACCUUUUCUCUGCUGGGUUUGGCAUUCCCUUGGGUGGGCUGGGUGUUUUCUUGGGGGCGGGGGUUGGCCCUUUCUGGGGUGGGCGUGGGGUCGCCCAGGGGGGGCGUGGGCUUUCCUCGGGUGGGUGUGGGUUUUCCCUGGGUGGGGUGGGCUGGGCUGGAAUCCCCUGCUGGGGUUGGCAGGUUUUGGCUGGGAUUGACUUUUCUCUUCAAACAGAUUGGAAACCCAGAGUUACCUGCUAGUUGGUGAAACUGGUUGGUAGACGCGAUCUGUUGGCUACUACUGGCUUCUGGCUGUUAAAAGCACAUGGUGGCUGAGGUUGAUUCCAUGCCGGCUGCCUCUUCUGUGAAGAAGCCAUUUGGUCUCAGGAGCAAGAUGGGCAAGUGGUGCUGCCAUUGCUUCCCCUGCUGCAGGGAGAGCGGCAAGAGCAACGUGGGCACUUCUGGAGACCACGACGACUCUGCUAUGAAGACACUCAGAAGCAAGAUGGGCAAGUGGUGCCGCCACUGCUUCCCCUGCUGCAGGGGGAGCGGCAAGAGCAACGUGGGCGCUUCUGGAGACCACGACGACUCUGCUGUGAAGACACUCAGGAGCCAGAUGGGCAAGUGGUGCCGCCACUGCUUCCCCUGCUGCAGGGGGAGCGGCAAGAGCAACGUGGGCGCUUCUGGAGACCACGACGACUCUGCUAUGAAGACACUCAGGAACAAGAUGGGCAAGUGGUGCUGCCACUGCUUCCCCUGCUGCAGGGGGAGCGGCAAGAGCAAGGUGGGCGCUUGGGGAGACUAUGAUGACAGCGCCUUCAUGGAGCCCAGGUACCACGUCCAUGGAGAAGAUCUGGACAAGCUCCACAGAGCUGCCUGGUGGGGUAAAGUCCCCAGAAAGGAUCUGAUCGUCAUGCUCAGGGACACUGACGUGAACAAGAAGGACAAGCAAAAGAGGACUGCUCUACAUCUGGCCUCUGCCAAUGGGAAUUCAGAAGUAGUAAAACUCCUGCUGGACAGACGAUGUCAACUUAAUGUCCUCGACAACAAAAAGAGGACAGCUCUGAUAAAGGCCGUACAAUGCCAGGAAGAUGAAUGUGCGUUAAUGUUGCUGGAACAUGGCACUGAUCCAAAUAUUCCAGAUGAGUAUGGAAAUACCACUCUACACUACGCUAUCUACAAUGAAGAUAAAUUAAUGGCCAAAGCACUGCUCUUAUACGGUGCUGAUAUCGAAUCAAAAAACAAGCAUGGCCUCACACCACUGCUACUUGGUGUACAUGAGCAAAAACAGCAAGUGGUGAAAUUUUUAAUCAAGAAAAAAGCGAAUUUAAAUGCGCUGGAUAGAUAUGGAAGAACUGCUCUCAUACUUGCUGUAUGUUGUGGAUCAGCAAGUAUAGUCAGCCUUCUACUUGAGCAAAAUAUUGAUGUAUCUUCUCAAGAUCUAUCUGGACAGACGGCCAGAGAGUAUGCUGUUUCUAGUCAUCAUCAUGUAAUUUGCCAGUUACUUUCUGACUACAAAGAAAAACAGAUGCUAAAAAUCUCUUCUGAAAACAGCAAUCCAGAACAAGACUUAAAGCUGACAUCAGAGGAAGAGUCACAAAGGUUCAAAGGCAGUGAAAAUAGCCAGCCAGAGAAAAUGUCUCAAGAACCAGAAAUAAAUAAGGAUGGUGAUAGAGAGGUUGAAGAAGAAAUGAAGAAGCAUGAAAGUAAUAAUGUGGGAUUACUAGAAAACCUGACUAAUGGUGCCACUGCUGGCAAUGGUGAUGAUGGAUUAAUUCCUCAAAGGAAGAGCAGAACACCUGAAAAUCAGCAAUUUCCUGACAACGAAAGUGAAGAGUAUCACAGAAUUUGUGAAUUACUUUCUGACUACAAAGAAAAACAGAUGCCAAAAUACUCUUCUGAAAACAGCAACCCAGAACAAGACUUAAAGCUGACAUCAGAGGAAGAGUCACAAAGGCUUAAAGACAGUGAAAAUGGCCAGCCAGAGAAAAGAUCUCAAGAACCAGAAGUAAAUAAGGAUGGUGAUAGAGAGCUAGAAAAUUUUAUGGCUAUCAAAGAAGAAAUGAAGAAGCAGGGAAGUACUCAUGUCGGAUUCCCAGAAAACCUGACUAAUGGUGCCACUGCUGGCAAUGGUGAUGAUGGAUUAAUUCCUCCAAGGAAGAGCAGAACACCUGAAAGCCAGCAAUUUCCUGACACUGAGAAUGAAGAGUAUCACAGUGACGAACAAAAUGAUACUCAGAAGCAAUUUUGUGAAGAACAGAACACUGGAAUAUUACACGAUGAGAUUCUGAUUCAUGAAGAAAAGCAGAUAGAAGUGGUUGAAAAAAUGAAUUCUGAGCUUUCUCUUAGUUGUAAGAAAGAAAAAGACCUCUUGCAUGAAAAUAGUACGUUGCAGGAAGAAAUUGCCAUGCUAAGACUGGAGCUAGACACAAUGAAACAUCAGAGCCAGCUAAGAGAAAAGAAAUAUUUGGAGGAUAUUGAAAGUGUGAAAAAAAAGAAUGAUAAUCUUUUAAAGGCUCUACAAUUGAAUGAGCUCACCAUGGAUGAUGAUACCGCCGUGCUCGUCAUUGACAACGGCUCUGGCAUGUGCAAGGCCGGCUUUGCAGGCGAUGAUGCCCCCCGGGCUGUCUUCCCUUCCAUCGUGGGGCACCCCAGGCACCAGGGCAUGAUGGGGGGCAUGCAUCAGAAGGAGUCCUAUGUGGGCAAGGAGGCCCAGAGCAAGAGAGGCAUCCUGACCCUGAAGUACCCCAUGGAGCAUGGCAUCAUCACCAACUGGGAUGACAUGGAGAAGAUCUGGCACCACACCUUCUACAACGAGCUGCGUGUGGCUCCCGAGGAGCACCCCAUCCUGCUGACCGAGGCCCCCCUGAACCCCAAGGCCAACCGUGAGAAGAUGACCCAGAUCAUGUUUGAGACCUUCAACACCCCAGCCAUGUACGUGGCCAUCCAGGCCGUGCUGUCCCUGUACACCUCUGGCCGUACUACUGGCAUCGUGAUGGACUCUGGUGACGGGGUCACCCACACUGUGCCCAUCUAUGAGGGGAAUGCCCUCCCCCAUGCCACCCUGCGCCUAGACCUGGCUGGGCGGGAACUGACUGACUACCUCAUGAAGAUCCUCACCGAGCGUGGCUAUAGGUUUACCACCAUGGCCGAGCGGGAAAUCGUGCGUGACAUCAAAGAGAAGCUGUGCUAUGUUGCCCUGGACUUCGAGCAGGAGAUGGCCACGGCGGCCUCCAGCUCCUCCCUAGAGAAGAGCUACGAGCUGCCCGAUGGCCAGGUCAUCACCAUCGGCAACGAGCGGUUCCGCUGCCCCGAGGCGCUCUUCCAGCCUUGCUUCCUGGGCAUGGAAUCCUGUGGCAUCCAUGAAACUACCUUCAACUCCAUCAUGAAGUCUGAUGUGGACAUCCGCAAAGACCUGUACACCAACACAGUGCUGUCUGGCGGCACCACCAUGUACCCUGGCAUGGCCCACAGAAUGCAGAAGGAGAUCGCUGCCGUGGCGCCUAGCAUGAUGAAGAUCAAGAUCAUUGCUCCUCCCAAGCGCAAGUACUCCGUGUGGGUCGGUGGCUCCAUCCUGGCCUCGCUGUCCACCUUCCAGCAGAUGUGGAUCAGCAAGCAGGAGUAUGAUGAGUCAGGCCCCUCCAUUGUCCACCGCAAAUGCUUCUAGGUGGACUCUGACUUAGUUGCGUUACACCCUUUCUUGACAAAACCAAA